CUCUCUCUCUCUCUCUCGACCCGUGUAGGCUUUUACGAUACGUAAAUCAAUGCUAUAACUCGUAACUGUACAAUCGCUCUCUAUGCAUUAUAGGUGCACCCACGUCGACGUCAUCCUGACCUGCCAGAGAAAUCCUCAUGAAAGACUGGGAACUCAGUACUCAGAAUAGCAUCGGCAGUGCGGUGGCUGCAGCCGACACCAUUUCCUCACCGUGGACCCCCGCAAGUUCCGGGCCGCCGCCCGACGCCAACGGCACCGGCUCGGAUACCAAAAACCUCGACGUUGGCGACAUCAGCGAUGACGAGAAGGAUCUGUCGGCGGCGGACGCCGAGGGCGUGUGGUCGCCGGAUAUCGAGCAGAGCUUCCAGGAGGCACUCACCAUAUAUCCACCGUGCGGUCGGCGCAAAAUCAUCCUUUCCGACGAGGGCAAGAUGUACGGUCGUAACGAGCUCAUCGCCCGGUAUAUCAAGCUGAGGACCGGAAAAACGAGAACGCGGAAGCAGGUCUCGUCACACAUACAGGUCCUGGCGAGAAGAAAACUCCGAGAGAUCCAGGCGAAGCUUAAAGUGGACCAUGCGGCAAAGGAGAAGGCGUUGCAGACAAUGUCGAGCAUGUCGAGCGCCCAAAUAGUGUCAGCCGGCAGCGCGAUACACAACAAGAUGCCCCCCGCCUUGGUCGGGCCCUUAGCCCUUCACGCUUCCACCCCCGUCUCCUAUCCCGGAGCGCAAUUCUGGCAGCCGGGUCUGCAGCCGGGUACGUCGCAGGAUGUCAAGCCGUUCCCGCAGCCGGCCUACACCGGCAAGCCGGCGACGGCCGUGUCCAGCAGCGAAAUGGUGCAGACGCAACCGCCGCCACCGUGGGAGGGACGCGCCAUUGCCACGCACAAGCUCAGGCUCGUCGAGUUCUCCGCCUUCAUGGAACAGCAGAGAGAUCAAGACAAUUAUCAGAGGCAUCUGUUUGUGUGUAUAAACGGCUCGGCAAGCUACACCGACCCGCUGCUCGAGGCGAUCGACGUCAGGCAAAUAACCGACAAAUUCCCGGAGAAGAAGGGCGGCCUGCAGGAGCUGUACGAGAAGGGCCCCCAGGCGGCCUUCUUCCUCGUCAAGUUCUGGGCUGAUCUCAAUACCAACAUUCAGGACGAAGCCGGCGCCUUCUACGGUGUCACUAGCCAGUACGAGAGCAACGAGAACAUGACGAUAACGUGUUCGACGAAAGUCUGCUCGUUCGGCAAACAGGUCGUCGAGAAGGUAGAAACGGAAUACGCAAGGUUCGAGAAUGGCAGGUUCGUGUACCGCAUCAACCGUUCGCCAAUGUGCGAAUACAUGAUCAACUUCAUCCACAAGCUGAAACACCUGCCGGAAAAAUACAUGAUGAAUAGCGUCCUCGAAAACUUCACCAUUCUUCAGGUGGUCACAAAUAGAGACACACAAGAAACGUUACUCUGCACAGCGUACGUCUUCGAAGUUUCAACGUCCGAGCACGGUGCUUCGCAUCACAUAUACAGACUGGUCAAGGACUAGCCUGCUCGAUGAUUUCGUUCGCCGUGCAGCCAUCCACCCCCAUCAGUGCCUAUCGCUAACACGAGUCACACGCAUUCUCAUUGAAUUACAUCGCGCCUAGAUACGCGUCCACACAGUGCACACUCAUACACGCGACACAACUCUCGCACACAGACAGAGUAUAGCGAAUGUCAAGAGAAACCAAAUUUUUCAAAGCUACAAUCAAGCGUGAAAAAUGUACUCAAAACUACGCCCACACCUACACUCAAGUGCAUCAUUGUCACGCAUUGUUGUUGCGUAUGCCGGCCAAUCCGCCAUUCCGAGAUUUAAUCGUUGAUAUUCGAUGCAAAAAAAAAAAAAAAAAAAAAAAACACGAGAAAAAGAGCUUGUCGCACAAACAAAGACAAUUGUUUUUCUUAAAUUGCGUAUUGUGCAAUUUGUGCUCUGAUGUGCAUCAUCGGGCCAAACCUGCAUACCUGUGCAACAAAUGAUUUUAGGUAAAUUUCAAAGUCCUCGACAAUAAGAGAAAAUUUGCGUGCUUUCAGUUUUUAUUGUAUGUAAGGAGUAAGGAACAUGGUACAGAGACCAAUUUUUCAAUGUAAAGAAGAGAAAAAAAAGAUAAUAUAUUUACAUCUCGGAAAACGGCUUGGCGUGAACAUGACUUUAGUAUUAUUAUUUCAUUUUCAAAUACAAAAAAAAAUAAACAGCACACAAACACUUAAGUAUACAUAUAUUACGUAUAAGAGUAUAUGUAUAUGUUAAAUAUUAAUGCAAUGAUUACGAUUCACAUUGUUACAAAUGAUCGUGUAUAAAGCUAUAUAAGUGAUCUUUUAAGUUUACAUACGAAACGAGGGAAACGCUAAAGAGAUGCCAUUUGCGAAUAUCUAAUAACAGAUAAAUUUCUUUUUUAAUAUUCUCUCUGUUCUGUCUUUAUAUUUUUAAUUAAUCAAUGUCAGCGUAAAAAGAAUACGAGAUAUCUAUACUUUAUACAUACAAUUAAUCAUUUUGUAAAAGAGAUUAAGCGAAGAAGAGCGUGCUUAUGUCCUUUCAAUUUUAAACGCACUUCGAUCUAUCUAAAGGCUUACGUUGCAAAGCUACCUGUUUUUUUUCCACGUUUACAAUGAUUUUUUUUUAAAACAUCUUUUACCUAUGCUACACAUUUUCGUGCGAUCCCACCCACUUUUUUAGGCAUCGAUGCGUAGUUUUAGGAAGAUUUGUUUGUAUUUCUUAUAAUCACCUUUAUAUUUCUUAAGGCUCCCUUUUUUUCUAUAGUUCUUACAAGUCGAUGAUUUUCUUACUUAGACUACAGUUUGUUUUUAUUUUUAUGUUUAUAUAAGAGACAAUAUUCAAUCGUGCUGAAACUCUUUCGCCUUCAUUUAAAUAUUUUACGUUUGUAAUAAUAACGUAUGAGAAAAUCCUAGAUAAAGAUUUCAGAUUUCAUUUUUGUUUUGUACUUAAACAAAAAGAAUAUGAUCACAAAUCUUUUUUAAGCGCUGCUUUGACCAUCCUCUUUUUAAGAAAUCAAUAUUAUAUUUUGAUUCUUGUACAACGGUCUAAAGGAACUUCGUUUAGCGUUUUUCAGUAUCUCGGAUUUAGCAUCUUCUUUCGCGACAGAACUUGCCUACCAAGCAUUAAAUAAUAACAUAAGCAAGCAAGAAAAUAACUUUACUAUAAGGUAACUUUAAUUUAAUUACUAUAUUGUUACUUUAAUUAACGUUUACGAAACAUGUGGCAAUGUAUCUUGAUCUCUCUCUUUUAGUCAGAAAUAUGUUUGUUUUUGUUUUAAUUCAGGGUGAGAUUCAAAUUAUGCUGAGUGAUUUAAUAUUGGAUAUACGCAAUUGGUAAAUUUAUACGUCCAUUAUAUUGUGAAAAUUUAAAUCGCUUAGAAAAAGGAAUGGAAUUGGCAGCUUCUGUAUUUUUUUAGUUAUUGUUUUAUUUUUAUAGUUUGAUUUAACGCGGGGUGCUGAAUAAAAAUAUCGAUUUGAACUAUUGAUCAAAUUCAGAAGCCAUACAAAAUUUACAAGUUUAAUUAAAUUUGCAUAUUAGAGUUAUUAGCGAUUGGUCGGUCAAUUUAUAAACAAUUAUUCAAUGACGGCCAUUAGUUUUUACACUCUAUGCAUGCGCACUGUCCGCAACGCUAAUCAAUGAUCUCUUUUUUAAAGUUACUUAAGGUCCGUUGAUGCCAAAAUCUAAUCUGAAAUUUUAGCAUCUCUUGGCUAAAAGUCGAGUUGUGUAAUUUUUUCAUGGAUAAUGUUGUAAUGAUAAAUAAAAUAUUGUUUUUUGUAUUAUGCAAUGUCUUAUAAAUUUAAACAAAUUUCACUUGACUUACGUGUAUUUCGCCAUACGAAAGUAUACACAAUAAGAGACAGACCGGACAUGAAUUCGAUGAAUUAAGCACCGACGCUAAUAUUAUUAACAUUAGAGAAUAAUAAUUUUAAACUAAGUAAAUUACAAUUAUAAGAAAAGAUUAUGAAAAAAUAUAUUUAUCUAUGUCUUCUGUGAAGAUAGAAAAUAGUACUCUCUCACUUCUAUAUUGAUAAUAUCGAAAAAAAGUCUUAAUUAAAAGAACUUACAAGAAAUGUGAGCAUCAGCGGCGGUAGUUUAAAACAGAAAUAGUAUUUCAAUUGCAUAAAAUGAAUACCAUAUUGAACAAUCUACAGCACAUUUUAAUUCGUUGAUAAACAAUGUAUAUACUAAAAUGUUUACAGUAAAAUUUUUGGAAGAAUCAUGUCGAAAAGUUGCAGCAGUCAUUUUUUUUUUGGUUGAAAAAUAUAGUUAUACUUUUGCUAUUUUUUAACUUAAGAAUCUAAAAACUGCGAGCGUUAUAAUUUAAAGAUGACAGUGUUUGUAAGAAAAUGAGUUCGUAAGAGAUGAAGUGACUUCUGCGAUCCUAAUCUCGUUUAAAAACAAUAUUAAACGAUCUAUCAUUAUAUUUUCUUCAUACUUACCUUCAAUUCAUAUCCUGGAACUGCCAUAUCAAAUUAUUGAGCUUAUUUUGAAAAGAGAAUAAGGGAUAGAAAAAAGAACGAAAAUUUUACUUGUAUAUUACGUAUUCAUCAUUCAUGAAACGAAACGAGGAUCAAAGUAGUUGAUUUUAUCGAGUAAAUGGAAAUAAAUGAAAUGAUAUAUCAUAAAAUUAGAGGUUUAAAAAUAUAAUAGAACUCAGUAUAUGUACAGUAUUUGAAAAACAUGUUUAUAAUUUGUAUGGAAAAUAAAUAAUUGAUAU